CCCUCCCACCGCAUCCGCCGGGAACGUCUGCGCCUGCGCGUCGCGGGCGGGGCCUCAGGGGCGGAGCGGCCACCAUCUUGGAACGGGAGGCGGAGCAGAGCCGACUGGGAGCGACCGAGCGGGCCGCCGCCGCCGCCAUGAACCCCGAAUAUGACUUCCUGUUUAAGCUGCUCCUGAUCGGUGACUCGGGCGUGGGCAAGUCAUGCCUGCUCCUGCGGUUUGCAGACGACACGUACACCGAAAGCUACAUCAGUACCAUUGGGGUGGACUUCAAGAUCCGGACCAUCGAGCUGGACGGCAAAACCAUCAAACUGCAGAUCUGGGACACAGCAGGGCAAGAGCGCUUCCGGACCAUCACCUCCAGCUACUACCGGGGGGCUCACGGCAUCAUCGUGGUGUAUGACGUCACCGACCAGGAGUCAUAUGCCAACGUGAAACAGUGGCUGCAGGAGAUUGACCGCUACGCCAGCGAGAACGUCAACAAGCUCCUGGUGGGCAACAAAAGCGACCUCACCACCAAGAAGGUGGUGGACAGCACCACGGCCAAGGAGUUCGCUGACUCGCUGGGCAUCCCCUUCCUGGAAACCAGUGCCAAGAAUGCCACCAACGUGGAGCAGGCGUUCAUGACCAUGGCUGCAGAGAUCAAAAAGCGCAUGGGGCCGGGGGCAGCCUCGGGGGGCGAGCGGCCCAGCAUCAGGAUCGACAGCACCCCUGUGAAGACGCCUGGUGGCGGCUGUUGCUAGGAGGGGCAUGGGAGGCGGCACCAGAGGGACCCCUACAGAUGAUGCCCCAGAAGGGCGUGGGAAGUGCCUCCCUCUCCCUCUCCCGGGGUAUUUGAGUCUGUGAUUUCAGGGUGUCCUGGGCACCCCAUCUCCCUCUGGCCCGUCUGCCUUCUGCCCUGGGCCCUGCUAUCAGGACCCCACACCGGAAGAAACUCGGGACCUGGGGCUGGCUGGGGCAGGGCCUGCUCUGCUGCUGCCUGGGUAACUGCGGAUGCCCCCCACCUGUCUUCAGAAGGAGGGCUUCUCCGCUUGCCCACCCCCAUAUGCUGCACUCGGUUCUCCCUGCCCCUCUUCCCAUACCUGGGGCCCACCCCUGCACCCCUGCUGCCCCGACUGCUGUC